CCAAGAUGCUCGCAUUCGCCGUUUGACCAGCGGCCUUGGCGGACUUUUCUUCGUCCUUCUGAUCCGGUGUCGUCUUUUCUUAGAUUCGAGUCUAGCUCGAGCUACAAAUUACUGAACGGUAACUGUGAAUCGGUGCCGUUGUCCGGAGGAUUAAUCCUUAAAGUGCAAUUGCCGGUAAUUUUCGGGUUUCCUGCUUCUACUAACGGUCAAGUCUCUGACUUAAAAAUAGAAGAAAAAAAAACGUUGCAUCUGAAAAGGUUGAGUGAGCACAGGAAAUUAGUGUUUGAACUUUGCACAAUUUUAGAGGCUAUAUUGGUGUAGUUUUUUUUUUGUUACUGGAAAAUCAAAGCUAUCAAGAUAUUAAGUGUUGCUAAGUGUUAUCGAUUACGAGUAGUAAUGAUGCGAUAAGAGCGAUUGCGCGGAUAAAAAGAAUCCAACAAACGAAAGCGACAAGAGAUCUCGCAAUUGAAAAAGUGAAAAGUGUAAGGCAUUAGCAAAACGUAAACGGGCAGAAAAGAUAUAUAGAACAAGAGUUGUGUGAAAAACUUCAACCUGCCGGGGGAGUUGCUUUGUUCCGACAGAUAGAUAUUACUGACUUGCUGCUGCUACUGCUGCCGAUGGUCGGUGACUUAAGUCGAUCGCAUCUGUUGCGCGAGCUCCGGAGACCAAGUCUUUUGUUCCGCAGACGGUUUUGGGCGUGAAACGACGACGACGUUCUGCUUUUUUCCCAUUCACAAAGUGAAAACAUGGGCAAAAGAAGUGAAAAGAAAGCAAAUAAGGUGUGAUUAGGUUAAUAAAAGAGUACAAUUAAAUAAAUGUGGCCUCCGUGAAUGGAGUAAUGAACAAGUGUAAAGCCAUCAAGAAGCGAAGCGUAGCGUCAAAGUGUUUGCCUUGAAAAGCUGUGGAUUGGCGAAAUUUUCGGUUGUUUUUAUUCGUUUCUUUCGUCUUGAUCAUGGGUGUUUUCUAACCGAUGAUCGUUAAAUCAAUUGUCGCGCCUAAACGCAACUCCGGCCGAGACUCCGGUAAAUGACCAGAAAAGUCCAAUAAACUUCCCCAGCAGCAACGGUGUGUCCAACGUGUGUCAUUUCGUCGUGGUUAAGCCCAUUUAAUAAAGUCGAUCUGGGCAAGGCUCAAGUGCUGCUCAAGACUUUGAGCUGUGGUUUAGCCGUUUGAAACUGCUCCGGCUCUGCGGUUGGAAUAUCAAGUGAAGUGUUGUGAUCUAAGCUAAUUGGUCGGAACAGAAGGAAGGAAGGAAACGUAAACCUAAACAUUACAUGAACCACACCAUCAUCAGGCAUCAAGCAAAAGUGCGGGGAAGGAUGGUUAAUAGCUGGUCAAGCUGAUGAAGUGGACUACAUGAAGUGUUAAAUUGUUUUCCCGUUGAUGGUCGCUUUGAUGAGAUCGAUCAACACUCGCCCAAAAUCAUCGAUGCUUCAUCAACUGAACACCUCCUCGGUCUCGGUAUAACACAACUUCCGUGAGAAUGAUUUUAUUUGCUAGCUGAUCUUCUUCAUUUUUCGACCCGCUUCUCGACGUUCCCCUGGUGCGCUAUCCGCAAUAUUACGGAAUUGGGGAGUGAAAUCGGACUAACUAUACUUGGAGCUAUGUGCACAUGUUGCCUUAGGGUCGUUACAGUUUGACGCCAUCGCGGUAGAACAGGGGCUGCGAACAUAAGAUCGGACAACAAAUGAAACAGCCAAUCGUGUGUACAGCUGGAUCGUCCACGCCAUGCCAGCCGAAUCCAGAUUGCCUAUUCAGUGGCCGCACCAAUUUUAUCUCAAUCGGGGAAACCACCGAAAACACUUCGUCGCAUGAGGUGUACCAAUCAAAAUGCUGAAACCUUUGGUUCUGCCGUCGAGAAACUUCAAGAAGAAUAAUUAUAAUGUAUUAACGCCACAAUUAGCACCAAAUUCGGAUCGAUCCCCGUCAGCAUCCAGCGUUCGUGUUACUCCCCCUCCCUUUGACACGACCUUACGAUGGCUUCGAAGCAAGCUCCAGCGUUCGGCAGUUUUGGUGAUCAGGUGGCGAAGAAGACGGCAAGGAUUCAGCCUUCUGAUUCAUCUGCUAACCAUCAUUACGCUAUUUUUGAGCGGCAAUGGCGUGUUGCUUUGCAGUGGAGCCGCGGCCCCUACUCCAGUGGCCAAAGGCACCAUACCGACGGCUUUUGGCGUACGCAGCGGCCAUCCACGGAUCGCGGAAUCGACCAGGAUUGCUAACCUCACCCGACAGCAUAGUGGCGACCUUUUCUACACUUUUGAUAAUGAAAAAUGCGAUACCGACACUUGUGUUGGUUUAUCGAGUGGCACCGCUAACCUUUGGAUCAGUUCUGGCAGCAAUGGACAAAAUGCUAUCAUCGGAUCAGAAAUCUCAUCCGUCUCGCCCAUCGAAUGCAAAUGUCAGUGUUUGUCACACUUGACCACGUACCGAGAAGAUCUGGGAAUUUGCGUUGACGACGUUCGAGAAUGCACCCUGGCACCGUUUAUGAGUGGUUUAACGUUGGAAAAAAUACCGUUCGUAUUUUUGCCCCAUCGCGGUCAGAUUGUGUAUCCCAGCAAGGAGAUUGGUUUCCCGGGUGUCAAGAUGCCCAUGUGCGCGGUGUCCGGAUCGCAAUAUCUAACGCACACCGGCUGGGCCGAGCUGCGCAAUCCCAUCGAUACGGAUGUUCCGUUCCGGCUGUUCCGAGACGAAGGUCGCAUCUACCUCCAGUGGCUCGGGGAACCGGACCUCCGGCAGCGAAUGCAGGGCCGGCUCAUUCUGGUGCAUCUCAUGUGUCGCGAUAUGUCACCACGAUUGAUACUGAAGGACGGCCGAACUCGUACAUUGGAUGACGUUCUCCCAAAUCAGAACAUUUUCACACCGUGCAUUGCGUUUCGUGUUGUUGGUACUCCGAUCAAAUAUGUCAAUAACGUAACGGAAGUAAGCUUUUCGUCUGAGACGCACGUGGACAAUCAAUCUGGGAUGAGCACGAAAGAGUACGUUGUGAUUGCCAUAUGUAGCCUUUGUCUGGGACUGAUCUACAUCGCUUCGGUUUUCCUGUACAUUCACAUGAAAAAACGGAAGCGGAACUCCAGUGAUGACGAUGAUGGGAACACUAUCAAAAAUGAGUAUUCAUCGUAUCAGCAAAACGAUCAGGUAACAUUCGGCGUCGGACUGGGAUCGCAGGUCGGCGCCUUCGGAGGCCAAACGAGGAACAGUUUCAUCGGGCGGGGUAACAUUCAAAGGCAGAGUGGGACGGCUCCAGUUGGCCAUCGAGGUCUGUCGUCGUCCUUAAACGUUGGAAUUCAUGCCGAGGAAAUGGGAAUCGUAAAAAAUAACCCUCUUCUGAAGCACUUUCCAAAUCUGAGCGACAACUCAGGGUUUAUCAGCGAUAACUCGAACUCGGUGUCCGAAUUCGAGGAUGAGCGAAUUUUAGAUGCUGAAAAAAUGAUGCAAACGACUGUGAAUGUUCAUCAGCCAAAAAACUACUUAGGGCAUACCGACAUGGAUGGCGGACAUCACCAACAACAGUUGCUCGGCCAACAGCAUCCGAAUUCCCACCAGAACUUGGAUGGGUUGAACAACCCGAACGGCCAAGAUACCGAGUGUCUGCCCGAGGAAAAUGUGUCCAUUGUCGAAGAUAUCAACAACGACGAAAAGCUCGAAAAUAUGAAGUCUAUCGUCAACGGAACUAUGCGCAGAAAGCUGUACUUCAACCCAGCUUAUUUUGAGCCCCAUCUGUUGGUGACACCACCUCCAGCUGCGAUUGAGUUUUUGAACAAAAUUCGAGAAGUCAUCACCAUUGCCAAGUACAAAAUGUCAGCGAAACGUUUUCAGCCAUCUCUCAACAUCAUCCCAGAAGAAUUACAGCAGACGCAGGGUUCGGAAACGUACGCCGCGGCACACACGGCUCCUCCUAGUCGUCGAAGCAGUCUGAUCAGUUCGAAAAAAGAUAGUUCUAAGAAGAGUAUCUGCUCCGGGUGUCCGGGAUGCGAAAAGAAAGGAAACUCCGACUUGGUCGUUCCAUCUAGUAACUGUAAGAACUGCGGUGACAAACAAAACAGCAUCCGUAAAUGGUUGGAAGAAGUUUCGUCCAAUCACGGAGAAAAUGCAGGCGGCGAGUCGGAUACUUAUGAUGGUGUGAAGGCUCAUUCGUUGAACAAUUUUGCUGAAAAUUCUGAAUCAUUGAAAUCUUUGGACGAUCGCUCAACGUACGAGUCUUUGCCUAUCAAUCCAGAUGCUAAGACCCAGCCGAAAUCAUUAAGGUCUCGCCAUGGAAGCGACAGUUCUUCAGCUUCGGACAAUGAAACGAUCAUUGCCAGCAGCGUCAAAGAACGGGGAUCAGUUACUCGAACGCCUUCGCGAUCCAAGUCCAUUCGUUCGGAUUCCAGUUCAGCUCCGAAAAUUGUGUCUCACAGUCUUAAGUCCGAUGUUAUGAAGUUGGCCAAAUUCAGCAACGAUGAUGGCUCGUUGAUGAAGAACAACAACUUUAUAUACGAUCGUGCUGCAAGCGAAAGUCAUGCUAAGAAACAGGAAAUUUACAUGAGGAACAUAAACAACUCACUGGUCAAUCUGGACUCUAAUAAAGUUUAUGACAAACGGGAUAUCUAUAACAUAACUGGGAAUGAGCUGUACAACAAUCCUCAAUUUGAAUCUUCCCCGAGGAUGCAUCAUAGGGCUUUUAAUCCCAAUCAACGACACCAUCAUCAUUCGCAUGGAAGAAAGCAAUUGGUUCCUCACAUGGCUCCAGGGGUUUCUGCCAAAAGACAUUUCGAGGUGCAGGAUCAAUUUUCUAAUCGAAGCUAUCCUAAAAUGCGAAAUAUCAACCACAUGCCCGAUAUGGUGUACGAAGCAAUGGCCAUAGAUCAAAGACACAACACUUGGAGAUCACGCCACGAUCCACCACCAAUCCACGAGUCUUACUUGUACGAACAGAAUGACAGCCGCUACAAUAGUAUAGAUCGGACAGAAAAAUAUCGUAACGAAAAGUUCUUUCAUGACUUUAUCAACUCCGAUGAUAGUAACACGCUUGGCAACCGAUCAGGCAAGAACUCAUUCAACAAAUAUCAACCGGAUUCGCCGAUCUAUUCGCGAAAAUCGCCCCACUACUUGAUCGUGGAUUACGAAACAGAUAGUUUGGAAAGAGUGACAUCGAAGACGCAAAACAGCUUCAACACAUCGACCACCAACAGCAGUGAUCUUAGCUCACAGCCAUCUCCUUCGCAUAGCACUGCACUGCCUUUGGAGGAAGAGGUCGAAAUUCGAAAUGCAAUCUAUGAUCGUGUCGAGGGGUUUAGGAAAGACAUUGAUACCAUUAAAACUGAACGCGAAGCCGCAAGCUUGGAGCAAGACGAUUAUGAAGAUAUGCCGAUGAAUUCUCUAGCCGAAACGGUUAUUCAAGUGCCGUCAAAAAAGGGACCGAAAAUAAAAUGCGACACGCCUUUCCAGGGCAGCAUAACCAUAGAGGUGGAACAUAGUCCCGAUGAUUGCGAACUUUCCACCGAUAGCGAUCAGUUCGAGCCCGAUACGUUGGAUAGGAAACCGAAGAAGAACAGCAAUAUAGUGGGAAGGCACAGAAGCAAUGUGUGGGCACAAGACAGACUCAGUAGCAAAGAAACGAAUUUGACAUCACUGCCGGCAGACCUGAACAAUCAUUUCGUAUUGAAAAAUUCCCAAUCAUUCAGAGAAACAUCGUUUGGCAGCUUACGUGAAAUCUAUGAAUCGAGAAAUCUCAAAAAUUUUAAUCAAAAUCAGAUGCACAGUUUGGAAGAGUUUGAUGUCACCUCGGGAAAACUGCUGUCUCUUGAAUUGCGCCAUUCGAAAAGGCAACGUUCCAACGUUUUGUGUACAGAAACACCUAAACUCAUGCCACCAGAUCUGAUCCCUCCGGAUGUUUCUGCUAUGAAAAACUUGUAUGAUCACCCCCGGCAACACCUAAAGAAGGUCGAAGAUUAUGGAAUAUCUCCCAAAAAUCUUGCAUGUUGGAAUAACGAUAAAUUCAUGAAGCAACCGAACGGACCUGCUCCUAAACCUUCUUUUAGCAAAAUUGAUAAGUACGAAUCAAUCAAAAACCUUGCAACUGAUAGCGAUUCCAGCAAAGUAACGGGACUGUCUGAUGGGGAACAUAAAUCACCCAACAACCAGAAAAAGAUAGCCAAUUACAGCCAGGUGAAUAAGCCAUCACGCGAUCGAACCCCGUCAGUUGAAAGGGAAGGUUUUCGGCUCAAGAGUGAACCCUCAUCUUUGGUCGAUGAUUAUACGAGCGUUAGUGAGAUGAAGGAGUUUGACUUUUUGGACCAAACAGACGAAAGCAUCUAUGACUUGAAUGGGAAGUCUCAAUCCAUAGCUAAUAGGGCAAAAUUCAUUGAAGAUAUUGAUAAGAUUGAAGUUUUGUCUACUAAAACACUUUCCAACUAUGACUACCCUGUGCAAUCGAAUGAUCUAUCGAACAUAAACCCCAAGGAAAAUGAGAGUGAUAAAUCGAGUUUUGAAAUCAAUCCAAUAACGACAACCAAAGUCUACAGGGUUGAGAUCAGUCCACCGUCUAAUGGAAUGCAGAUAGCGAUGGGUCUUCGAGACAGGGUGAAAAAAUCGAAAGAUAUCAAGAAUGCAUGGAAAAAGUUUAUAGGGAUAGCAGCGUCAAAAUUUAAUGGUAAGAGUGAUUCGGACAACGAGAAGAAUUCGGAAUCCUCGGAUACGUUGGAGAAAGAUGAAGGCAUAUCUUCACUAAUCGAUGACACAAGUGGUGCGUAUGAUUGUUCGGAUAAGGCAGCUCAUCACCAUCAUCGCCGCCAUCACCAUCAUCGCAAAUCUCCGCCAUCAUCGUCUGGAGGACCACCUGUCGUCAAUAGACAGAUCACCGUUAUUCGCAGCAAUUCGAGAUCGAGUGCUAAGGAUGACAGUGGCUACAUGAGUGCAGAUUCCAGUGAAUCGAGACUAAAUAGCAAGAAAAAGUAUGAACGUUUCAAUUUCACUGCCAAAUCCAUUGAUUCAUCUGACUCCAUCCAGGAAGAGAAUAAGUAUGAAAUUUGUGCCCUACCAGAAAACACUGGAACCGGUAAAAGUGACACGUCUACAGCUUCAUCAGAGGGAAGCUCACGAUCCGAAAAACUUCUAGCCCGUCCAAAAGCUCCACCGCCUCCAUUGCCGCCUCCCAAUCCUCCACCGCCUCCACCACCAACAACUACCAUCCCAACCAAAAAAUCACCAAACAUCCCUUACAAAAGCCGGAUAGGAAAACCACAAACGAAGCCUCCACCACCGCCGCCGAGUCAUCCGGCACCGAAAAUUCCGAGACCGGAGGAAAACUUCCUCUUCAAUACAGCGGACUCGAUCAGCGUUCGGGUAUACUCGUCCGAUGAUGAAAAUGUGGCCAGCAGCGACAACGUGAGUUGCGUCUCGGACAACAACAACGAGGAUGACGAAGACGACGGCACGAGCUGCGCCACCGAUGACGUGUGUGAAUCGGGCGCCGAAAGUGUCGAAACACAUUCGGUAUUUUUCAAAAACAUUAGAAGACGGCCUGCGGAAACAUGCAACAUUGCUGCAUUGGCUCAUUGACAACUGCAAACAUUGUUUAUGAUAGUAAGUUUUUAAAACUAUGUUGGUAGUAUUAUCGAAAGCAACAUGUGCAAUCAAAUUAGUACUCAGCCCUGUGGCAAGUGUUUAAGUAGAUCACGAUUAACGAAUUUAAAUUGAAAAUUACAUAGUAAAAAUAUCCAAAGGAAGUGUUUUUGAAAAGAAACGAAACUACAAGUGCAAUAAAUCUACACUGGUUAUGCUUAAAUGUGACAAGAAUGGAAAAAAAUCUAGUUAGGUUCCAAAUAAGUGCUCUUUUUCGAUCGAAAAAUUGACGUACUCUUCUUUUUGUGAAAUUUUACCAAAUGAACUCUUUUUUUGUUAAAUGACAUUGGAUCAGAAAAAUCGACAUUUUUCUUCAAUUUAAUAAAUUUGUUUUACAUCUUAUACAAAAACUACGAAAGAAAUACAGCUUACAACAAAUUGCUUUAACAUUUUGUUAUAAAGCAAACAUUUUUAGUCGUUAUAAACAUUAAAUUCCUUAAAAAAAACGGUCCAUUAGCUCAGCUAAGUGAGGUUCUACUGUACAUCCUUUUGCAUACCAUCCGGGCGCAAAGCUCGAUAAAUAUUAGGAUCUUAGGUCAACGUGAUGGCUGGGAUAACGCGGGAGCUCAGAAAAUUGGAGUUCGGGUGAACGGGGUUCUACUGUUCAACGUUUCUCCUGACUUUUGGAUAAAUGCACUCUUUUUGGUGUCGUGGGAUAUGGUAACCCUACACUAGACAUCGGUAAAAACAGAGUUGAAUACAUAAAACAACCCGAUUGGUUCUUUAAACGCCUUCAGUUAUGCUACGGUUGUCUUUGGCUUGUGAUUCCAAACAUUUGGCAGGAAUUGUCCAAUAAGUUUCAUGGUAAUUUAUCGUAAAAAGGUGAUAAAAGAAGCUAUGUAAGAAAUUAAUUGCUCAGGUGCUGUACUCUUUUUUCAGAAUUCAAUUAAAAUGCAUAAUUUGCAUUGUUAUGCUACGGAUUAGGUGGGAAAUUUUCUUGAAGGCUUUAACUGAUCAUCUAAACAACCCUUUCAAUCUGAGUCUUUUCCAACUAUCACAGUUCUGUAAAAAUUCUGUGAUGAAAAAUAUCGAUGGAAUCCAAAUAAAAACUACGUUGUUUGAUUAAAAAAAUUUAAAAUCCCUAUGGCCUAAGCUAGCUUUUUUUCUUCAAUACUUUGACAUGGUGGAGAAUGUUUUUCGAACAAGUCAACCAUUCAAUAUCAACAUAACAAACCAAGUUUGUUACUUAAACGUUGCUCAUAUGAUUUCAAAAUAAAAUUAGAUCUGAAUUAUUGAAAGAAGUAAUAUUCUUCGUGCCCAUACAUAAGUUUCAGUUAUUUAUUGACAGGUUACCUUUUCCAGGGUAUCACAAAUUUAAGAGUUGAUUUUAAUACAUUUGGAGACACUGAUUCCAAAUACGUCAUUUGUUUUUUUUUUAUCUAACAGCAUUAGAUUUUGAGAUGCAAAGAAUAACUUUAAAAAAAAGUUACAUGAAAAUAUUGAAAGGUUUAAACUUGUUUGCAAAACUGUAGAAUUAACUAUACUCAGAUAAACAAAACAAUACGAAAUAAGAUUAAAUUUUUAAGGAUAAUUUUUAUCUUUAAAUCAAUCAAGUCAAAACGCUUUACAGCUUCCAAAAAGUUAUCCAUAUACAAACUUCAAAAACUCACGUCAGUAAUGCCAGAAAUUGUUGGGACAUUUACUAUUAAUCCUACGCAAACUGGAUGUUUACUUUUCUUCAAAGCAUCAACGAAACUACACGCAGCGAAUUUGAUGCUAAAGAAAAGUGCCGCAACAACAAUGGCUUUAUUCCUUUGAUUUUGGGAUAAAUAAAAAUUCCUUUGGUUUAAAGGCAUUUUCUCUUGUAUCUUUUGAAAAUUUUUCAAUCAAAAUCUUAAGGGGGGAGUAGGGUCUAACACUUUAAAAAAAUCUAUUUUUUUAUUUUUUUUUAUUUUCUUAUUGUAAAACAUUUCAAGAAUGUUGUGUCAAAUUUUCAAGUCAAUUGAAGCAAAACUGUAGAAAUUAUAGGCUUUUUUCUCCUCUUAUCUAAUACUGCAAGUGAGAGAGCAGAAACUUCAAACGCGUUUUUCUCGAAAGCACAUUUUUAAAGUCAGUGGACAUCGUCAUUUGAAAACUACUUCACCGGUUCUUUUCAAAUUUGGAACAUAUUUUCUACAUACAGUAGUUUCUCGAUUUUAUCACUGUUCGAUUUUAUCAAUACUCGCCAAAUUCACGCUCGAUUUUAUCACGGUUAUUAUUUCGAUUUUAUCACGCUUUUUAAGAAAUCGUUCAGAAACCAUUUCCCAGACCUUAAUUUUCGUUCAAAAGCGUAGAGCGUCUUUGUUGAUGAUAUUUUUUGUGGUUUAUGUAUUGAAAUAUAGGUAUUCAAUUAUAUGAAAAUGCCAUAUAACUGCUUAUUUUAGCUGUAUAGUGUUUAAAAUCACUAUUUUGAUUUUUAAAAGACUUGUUAUAGUCGAAAUUAGUAUUUUAACGCAAAGCUAAUGCUAGUGUUGUUAUUUGUGCUUGGUUAGCCGCUCGAAAAAAGUUAACUUUUUCGGUUAUGCGAAUUAUAUAAAGAUGUGGGUGAAUUUAAGCGUUUUUGAAAAGAGAUAAUUGUCUCUGAUUUCUUUGUUGAAUUUGAUAAUUUGAAAGGGUGGCGUGCGCAUUCUCGAUUAGACAGCCUUUAGUGUUGUUUGAAUAGAUAAUUUUGAAAAUCAAAAGCAAUCAAAUCAAAAUCUGCAAGCUUUGCCUUAAAAUAUGUAAAAAGAAUUAAAAUUUCUGUUUUUCUACAUAUGAAAAACAAAGGAUUAUCUGCCCAUAGAGCAAAUAUCGAGAAACACAAUUUUAAAAGUCUAAGUUAUACAAAUUUCAAAAUAUUUUUCAAAGAGGUAAACUUUUUAGUUAAUCAAAGGUGUGAAGAUUAAAAUAUUGAAAUUUGAAAUUUGCAGAAGAAAAUUUUUAAUGCAUUUUUCUUUGAACUCUUUUUUUAGAAUUAAGAGAGAACGACUGUUAAAUUUCCAUAAAAACUAAAUAAUCAACUUUAAUCAGAUGAAGAAUAUCAAAUGUUAUUAUAUCAAAUGAAUAUUCUUCAUCUGAUUUAAGUUAAAUGGUUUUAUUUGAAGAAAAAAAUCUUAUAUUUGCAAUAGAGAAGAGUAUUUUGAACUGAAAUCGAUCCUUUGUGUUUAGUAAUCUUUGAUAAUCACAUCUUAUGAUCAAAAUUUAUUGAUAAAAAACGUUUCCACUACUGAAAACAUUAUAAAUUAUCGAUUAAAGACAAAAAAAAACUUUUUUCCACUUAAAUUUUUAGUUUCGCCAAAUUCACGGUUUCGCCAUAUUCACGGUAAAAAUUUUUUUGACCGUGAUAAAAUCGAAAAACUACUGUAUAAAAUACCAAACCAACCCCAACGAUUUUCUUUUUUUUUUGUUUUUAAUUUGGGAAGAUUUUACAGAUGAAAAAUGGCGGAUUUUUUUGUGAAAAAUCGUAGUUUUUACUUCAAACAGCCACAAAAAUUUCAUAAAAAGUUUUUUAAGUUAAAUAAAAUCGUUGGGGUCCAGAAAAACAUCUAUUAAAAAUAUGUUGCUCUGAUUUUUUUUACUUCAGAUGAUUCUGUACUGAGAUACAGUGUCCAAAGCAAAUCCUGUUUUCUAAAAGGCAUCCUCGAAAGUGCUCCGUCACCGGCUCAUUUUUCAAUAUUUUUCUACGAAAAAAAUAAUAAAUGUUCUUUCAACAAUGCUUUGUAUAAUGCAAAAAAUUUGAAUACAUUUGUUUGAACGAUAGGUCUAAAAAAAUUCGUCAAAAUGAUUAUUUUUUUUUACCCGUUAGACCCUACUCCCCACUUAAUGCUUUGAAACAAAAACAGAAUUAUUUGAUGGAAAGUUGUUGCCGUUUCCUACAAUGUUAUUUAAAUUUUGAUUUAAAAGCAUUUAUUCAGAAUUCAUUAUUAUUUACAAACUUAACACAAACACUGGUUCACUAUGCUGGCAUCAUAUAGCCGUGGUCCUGUAACAAUGCAAUAGUUUAUAAAAAAAAUCUUAAAGAUCCACUUUUUAAUUAACGAAUUAUGAUAAAUGUAUGACCGGGAUUCAGGAUUCAUCAUCCUGAAUCCUUUUAGCUAACUCUUAUUCACUGGUUGUGUUUUUUAACACGACCGGACAAACUUAAUUCGGUUUUUUGGUUUCAAGUUCAUGUUCAAUCCAAAAUAUCGUCUUAGUUAGAAUUUUUUUUUUCAAAGAAAUUAUUCUUUUCUGUUGAAAACAUUUAUCUUUGGAUGAAAGAUAAUAACUUUUUUUUCAAUAAAAAUAUGCAAUUGAACAAAUUUCUUUUGAAUCAAAGAAUUUGUUUAAAAUCAAAGUUCAAGAUUAUUCAAAAGAAAAAAAAUUCCUUCUUUCUCUAAAAUAUUAUUCAUUUGAAUCAGAACGAUAAUUCAUUGAUUCAGAGAAAACAAGAGUAUGAUUAAAAAAAAAUAAAUGUUUUGAAUCAAAGUCUGUUUUGAUUUGUUUCAAAAUCCAAGUCUUCUCUGCGUGUAGAACAUUUAGUAACAAUAUGAAUGCUUUGAAUCAUCAUUUGAUUCGGAAACAGUUUUUGUAAAUGUUGGACUAUCACUACCAAUGAUUGGAUUCACUCGAAAACUGAUAAGUUUUAGAAUUUCGAAAAGCCUUGAAGAAACCAAAACUAGAGGUGAUAAACAAGAGAUACCGAACGAUUUGAAUUCUCUCCACAUGUUCUUCUGCGUUACGAAAGGCAAUUCGAUUUUAUAAAUACAUUGCCUAACUCCAGGCUAUUUAGUACCAGUGCUAUGAAUAUUCAUAGCAUACUAUUCGAAAGGUGGCUUCAAGAGUAAAAUGCAUGUUUUCGUACUUUUUUUUUGAGAUUUUUAUCCUUUGGGAUGAUUUAACCUGACUAAUUGCUUUUCGACAUGUGAUAAAGCUCAGUUGACAAGUCCGUUGCUUCCUGUGCCGAUGCUCUUGAGUUCAAGUCUAAGAGUAAACAUCGACCAAAGUUGUACCGGAUAAAUUUUCCAACAACUGUCCGCCAACCGUAACGUUGAUGUAAAGUCGUGUUAAAACGAUUGCUUAAAACAAAAAAGUUAAAAGUUAAAAGUUUAAAUUAUUAAUUUUCAAAUUUGAACGUAGACAUUCUUAAAUUCAUAUGUCGAUUGAUUUCAUAUGUUGACUGAAUGCAUCAUUUCUUUAUCAUAACUACAACUGUCAUUCUUCUAAAUAUCGACAACAUAUUACUACAAAAAUAAACAGAGAACAGCCGAAUGAUUUCUACACCAUCCUAAUAUUAGAUAAACUGUUUCAUGAAAGCUCAAACUUGUCUUUUAAGUGAUAUGUAGUCACUUUGUGUACGCCGGUGUGUAGUUUCAUUAGUCAUUCAAGUAUUUUAAACAUAUCCAUUGAGUUUAAUCAUCUGCAGUGUCUGACAUUCUAAAAAAAUCAUUUUCUUGUCACAUUUUUACAUAAUUUGUCAUAUCGUCUUAAACUAAUAAAAGAUAGAAGUUGGUUUCGAUAAACCAAUAAACAUCAAACGAUUAUCGGAAUGCGAAACUGUGACUUCAAUGUCGAAGCUGACAAUUGAUUAACGACUUGUGUUAUUCUUAAGUUUUAGAGAACAGUUAUUCUGUUUUUGAAAGAUAGUUUAUGAGUUAUGGUAGGUUGUCGUAAAUGAAGAAGAACUACAUUGCAUAAAGCAAAAUAAUUGUACAUACAUUAAAAAAAUGAGUUAAAGUACCUUUUUCCGGAGAGUACGAAUGAUUGAAAAAGGAAAAACGUUGAAGCUAAGACUGUCAUUCGCAUUGUGCAAUCAAAUUGAUUCUCAGAUUCGAACCUUUGUGCAAUGAUUAUACAACAGCUUAAAUUUAUUAGAAAAUUGUAAGAUCAAUCAACGCUAAGAUAAAUUUAAUGUUUCUCUAAAAAAAUAAAUAAAUCGAUUAUAGGCUGUAAAGGAAUUUUUGAGAUUUUUAUUUACUCUCAGAAGUAACAUAACUCUAGAAAAAAACUGACAAUUACCUUUGUACUUCUCCCUAGGAACCCCUAUUUAAUAAAGCGAACAAAUAAAAAGAGAAGCUAUGAAUAGUAAAGGUUUAGUACCGGAUCUACUUAAGUUGAAAUGAAGUGCAAUUGAAUUCAAUUUUUCCAAAUAGGCCACCAUUUUCAUUCGUACUCAUGCUUAUGCAUUUAUCGCAAAUCUACUUAUUAGCCCUAGAUAAAUGUUUUACGUUCAGUUAGUUAGAUAUCAAUAAUAUCAGUUUAUUUAUGGCUAGACAAAUGUUUAGGAGAAAAUGUUCGAGGGCCGGACGUGCAAUAACUAGUGUAAGAGAACUAAGCGUUAAUUUCGUAACCCGCAAUAGCAUCGUGGCUGUUGAUAUUCUCGUAGAAAGCUUAAAGGCAGCUGUAAUACCAAAAACAGUUUGGUAUAUAUUUAUUUAAUAACUAAUAAGAACGAAUAACGAUAAUAUUUUUUGUUUUGUUUUUAUUUUUGUUGUUAUUUCAUUUUAUGAAAAACAGAACAAACACGCCUAGCUUCGUAAGUACCUGCCAAAUACAUAGGUUUAAAUAUCUGGAACAUCCCAACUGAUGGCAAAACAGAGCAUAACUUAAUAAUGGAAGUUUUAUUAUCCUGAACGAAUUUUCUUAGAAAAUCAUGAUAUCUUGAAAGAACAUUGUAUUAGAUUUUCACCGAUCAGAUUAUCCAAAUACUCUACUGAAACCCACUUCUAUUGAGUAGUUAAUUAAACAAGAACACAAUAAAAUAAACUCUUCUGUAAAUUUAUCGAACUAGUAUUUAGCUAUAUAUUUUUUCCCAAUAGAUACAGUUAAGUCAAAUAUCUUAAAUCUGUUGAAUGUUGACUAGAUUUUUUUUUAAUUUAUUCAGUAACGAUGACAACUGCCUGUUGUUAAUAUUAAAGAGAUUUUAACAAAAAGAAUAAACUAGUAAACUCAUAAUUUUUAAGCGUGGUCUAGUACGGUUUAAAGCCGAGGAAGAAAUGGUGAAAUCAGCUUUAGAUGAUUGUUAUAUAUUUUCAACGAUUAAAUAUUGUUUGUUUUUUUUUUUCACCCACGUAUGCCUGUAAUUGCUCAGUUAUAAAAUCAUUUUAUUUUCUGCAAUAUUAUGCAACGAAAUAAGAAUAAUUUAGCAUGUAAGAUAAUUACUAUUGUGAGCAGUGCAAUGUAAUCUAUAAUUGUCUCUUCGAAUUAAUUCUUGAAUAAAGUUUUUAAAAUAA